UCCAGCUCCACCGUGGCAUCGCCACUGCGCCCCUUCUACGCCUCGCUUCAGAGAUCAGGCCGCAGAAUGGCUGGCCUGAGCAACGCUUCGGGUCCUGCUUGGGCUUUGCCAUGCAAGGCGAGGCCUCGCUGGAGAAUGGCUCAGCGGCCACAGAC